UCAAAAUCUGCAGUUACCGGCUUCUGCGGUGUUACGAACGGACAUCACUAGAAAUAUAUCAAUAAAAUCUUUUAUGGCUUUGAUUUUUUAGAAAGACAUAUCGAAGAUAGCCGGUGGUAUACUGUCAAUAAAUUCGACUGACUUCACCAACAUGGCUGAAAUUGUUUUAUUCAUUUUAUUGCGAUUCUGUUUUCCUUUUACAUUGAUUAUUGGUAAGAGUUAAGAAAGUUAUUCAUCUUCAUAUUGAUAUUUUGUUUUUAACGUAUAGUGUCAUUGGUGCGACCAGUUGGAAUAUCUUAUCUAUAUUUAGUUAUGUUUUUCUUAUCACCUUGGCUCCUACAAACCACAAGUUCAAAACAACGAUCCUUUUUAAACGUAUAUAUUAUACAUCUUUGUGUUUUAAGUGUACUGUGUAUUAUCGGUCACCUUCUUAUAAAUCUAAUCAAUUUAUUUUUCAUUGAUUUAAGCUCUAAAAAAAAAGUAGCAUUUAUGUUACGGCAAAUUGGAUUUCUGUAUUUUAAAAAACUCAGAUAUCUUAAUACUCUUGGAAACUAUUGUCUUUUUAAUUUGUUCUAAAAUUUACUAUAAGAGGCAAAAUAAACUUUUCCGAGAUGUCGCCAACAAUCAAUCGAGAAUUGAGUUUACAGGUGCAUUAAAAAUAACUGAGAUGAAUAGGCUUUUGAUCAUUGUUUAUAUUCGAUCUGUUCUGAAGAAUUCUCCUAUAUUUUCGCUGAUUGUGCUAUAUUUUGCUGCAACAUUAAGACCGUCAUUGCCUGGGACCUUGUACUUUUUAAUGUUUAUCAUAGCUGGCACAUAUUGGUCACUUUAUCGCCAAAUUCACCGGGGUAUGUACUAUCCUUUUAUACUUAUGGUUGUUGCUCUUUUGGUACACAUUUCAUGUAUAUUUGCUUACCAAUUGUCUGUUUUGCAACAAUCAAUUAAUAGUAAAAAAUUGUGGGCCAGGGUUAUCGGAUUGGAAGCUUUAAUUCGCCUUUUUGAAGAGAAUAAUAACGAACAAAUCAUGGAGUUAAACACUAAUUUAAAUUUUGAUUCAUAUUUAAGCCCCAUUGCUUUAAUGUUAGCUUAUUUUGCAUCCACAUUAAGCCUUAUAAACCAUUCACAAUACGAGCUGACAUUUAAUACGAUUAGAAUGAAUUUGGGACCCAAGGGUAAUAAUUUAAAUGCGAACUCCCUCCAACCA